AUGUCUUCUGAUACAAUAACCUUAUUCGACAUCCCUACCAAGCCACCCCAGGUUUGUUGGUCGAUGAAUAUCUGGAGAACGCGGUUGCUUCUCAACUUCAAGGGGCUCAACUACAAAACCGAAUGGCUUGAGUACCCGCAGAUCAAGGAACGAUUGAGUCAACAUGUUUCGCCAAAUGAAGGAGACCCAGAGUUCACCCUCCCAGCCAUUCAAAUGCCCGACGGUACCUACAUAAUGGACUCUUACAAGAUUGUCGAUUACAUCGAGGAAAAGUACCCCGAGCCUAGCAUGAAUCUCAAUAAUCCCAUGCAGCUUCGUCUCAGGGCUUCUAUGGUAAAGUUCAUGACGCCAAUGACAUCUAUAUAUGUUCCUGGUGUCGCUAAAAAUAUCCUCGGCGAUAAGAGUAUCGACUUCUUCCUUGCCACGCGACAGGAGGAUGUUGGAAUGCCGUUGUACGAGUAUGGAGAGAAAAACUCUCCUGGAGCAUUGGACCGAGCAGAGCCUUUCGCUCGUGAAAUCACGGAAUUGCUCAAGGAGAACAACUCAGGACCUUAUUUCUUAGGUGACACUGUCAGUUACACAGACUUCAUCUGGGCUGGCAUUCUGCUCUUUUUCCAGUGUCUGGGCGAAAAAGAGUACCAGGAGGUUUUGCAAAAGACUGGAGACGCCGACGUUCAUAGAAAAUUUCUGGAGGGUCUGGCUGAUUGGACCAAGCGCGACGACUGA